AACGUGUGUUGCAACUGAACGGCCAACCGGCAAAGAAAGAGACAGUUAAACAACGGCAGCCGAAGGCAACAGAACAGUAAAAGAAGCGAGCUAAACCCACCCAAGCACAACUGAUCCAUCUAUCCAAAACUUACACAAUGCUGAGCCAUAAAUUGUGCAUUGCUCUGAUAGCGACGCUUAUCACAAUCAGUUUCAACAGCUGUCAGGCGCUGAAUUGCGCCACCGCACUAGCGGGAACCAAUCCCACCGCAUGUCCGGCUGAUGUUACCCAGUGUUUUAUUCAAACAGAUGCCGCUGGGACUGUAACGCGUGGAUGCCUCGCCGCCGGUACGACGUGCACCGCACCCAACUGUCUGCAAUGCAACACAGAUAACUGUAAUGCGAAUCUGUUGUGCAAGACAUGCGCUGCCACCGAUGUGACAUGUUCGACGACAGAUGGCAAGUCGGUUGGCAGCCAGAUGUGCACCGCAGCAACACAGCAGUGUCGCACUGAAUUGAACGCGGACGGAACUGUGACCCGGGGUUGUAAUGAACCGUGUGCGACAACUGCAGCCGGCACCUGCACGGGCUGUACAACGGACAACUGCAAUGUGGGCUUCUAUCCGGCGAAUCGACUCCAAUGCUAUCAGUGCAAUAGUGCCAACUGCAACACAGUCGCUGCAUCGUCGCUGGCGGCCUGUCCAACUUAUCAGGCGGAUCAAAAGUGUUAUACGAUCGGUGCAAAUGAUGCAGCGAUGCAACGUGGCUGCAACACGGAUGCGGGCAAUAAAUGUGCCGGUACCACGCCCGAUGCCGCUUGUGCUUUGUGCGGUACAAGCGGUUGCAAUAAUCGUCCAUAUGAGCAAGUACUGGGCAAUUGUUACAGCUGCAAUGAUGCGGCAGGUUGUGUCGGCGGUCAGACUGGCACGGCGCCAGCCUGCCCCCCCGCACCGUACACACAGACGGUCAAUAGCUGUUACACCCAACAGUAUGCCAAUGGAACUGUGCAACGUGGCUGCACCAAUGAACUGACUAGCGGCUGCACUGCAGCAAAUGGUUGCACCCAGUGCGAUGGCGAUACUUGCAACAGCAAUCAGAAUGUCUUUGGUUGCCUCAUCUGUCGCAGUGAUAAUUAUGCCGAAUGUCGUGCAGGUGACGAUGCGGUGCAACCGUGUGUUCCAAAUACCGGCGAUAAUGCAAAUAUAUGUUUCGAGGGAGAGUGGGAUGGCGUUGUGCUGCGUGGCUGCCUCGCCAAUGCAGGUCCGCUGAUGACUUAUCAAUGUACAAAUAAAGAUGAUAAUCGCUGCACUACUUGCAAUACAUCCGGUUGCAACAAAACCCCCUUUAGCGGUGCCUCCACAUUGUCGCACAUGGGCGUCGGCAUGAUGUUCGGACUGAUCUUCAUUAUCAAACAGUACUUGUAAACUCUGUCUGUAACCGUAAUAAAAUGUACAUACAUAAUCUAUCAAUAACAAAAAUACUUCAAUAAACAAUCACUUAACAAUG